CCUCUGCCUCCUUGUCCUCAACUCCAGUUUUGGAAUUCUUGUGAAGGACUCUAGCUCCACUUGCUUGGUUCGGGUGCCUGUCCCUGACCAACCAAGGCAGGAUUUGAUCUCUCUGUGGAAGAACAUGGCUGUCCCUCCGGGGUGAUGUGGGGAUGAAGAGCCUGAAGAAAGAGGAGCUGGUCCAGCAAAGUAACAGGUAUGCUCUGGGUACCUAAAUUACCUUUCAGUGCAGAAGUCUCCAGCUGUUGCCUGACCUCAGAGUGCUAAGCCUGUUUAUUUCAGCUGCCUACUUCAUGUCUCAAAGACACCUCAGGCUGAAUAGGAAAACGUCCAAACCAAAUCUCCUCCCUCUCUGCUGAUGCCUGCUGCCCUCCACUGUUAUCUGUCUUCAUGUGCAAACCAGGAGUCUUCAGGCCGCUCUGUCCUUCCGAGCAUGCAGCCAGGCCAUCACCUGUUCAUCCAUCUGGCCUGUGGGUAGAUCCAAGUGCAUCCCCUUCUCCUUGCUUCACUUCUCCCCAGUCCACCAGGCCUCUCCCUGGCCUGAACCCCCCAGGCCUCUGUGGGCCUCUUUGCCUUAGUGUCAACUCAUGUGGCUCUCCAGCAUGGCCAAGGGGUAGAGUACACCUGAUGAUUGUCUCUUGCAUAGAGCCGUUGUCCGGAGGGUGCAGACACAGCCUUCACUGCCAGGUUUGUGCACCCCUAUUCCCACCCAGUCCUUCCCCUUGCUUGGAGGCAGCUGUGCAUUUUGCCUCGUUAAACCCCCUUCUCUUGAGUUGUGCCUUACACGUCAAAUCUCCGUUGUUCCCCUGAUUACACAGUCUUGUAAUACUAGGUGACUCCCCGUCUCAUCAGCUGUCACUGCUGUCAUUUUUAUCACUCAUCAAUAACUCUGCCCCUAGAGUUAAGGCUGUGUCUCUUACUGCUGACCAUCAGUGUUAGGCACACACUUGGUGCUCAGCAAAUGCUUGACAAAGGAAUGCCUUUUUGAGCAUUUGUUCAUGUUCCUGUGAUGAUUUUGACAGGUGAUCUUCCUUGUGGCCUUUGGCGUAACACACUCUGUGUUCUAGUACUUUUGGAGGUUCUGUGGUUUCUAUUUCUAAUAUUUAAUUACCCCAGGAGGUGGAGAGAUCUUUUGGUCGUUAGUGUUUGCUAAAGAUCCACUCACUGUCUAGUUAGGCUUACUCUUCUGCCUUUUAACUCAAGGGCAAGUUGUGUCUGUGUGUCGCAAGUACAGUCACUUAACGAGGGGCACUCUGAGAAAUGCAUUGUUAGGUGAUUUUGUUGUGCAAAUAUCAGAGUGCACUUACACAACCUAGGUGGCAUGGCCUACUACACACCUAGGCUAUAUGGUAUGGCUAUUGCUCCUAGGCUGCAAACCUGCACUGCAGGUUACUGUAUCGAGUACUGUAGGCAGUCAUAACACAAUGAUAUUUGUGCAUCUAAACAUAGAAAAGGAGAUGCGUACCACGUCAUGGUGGCUAUCAAGUCACUAGGCUAUAGAAAUAUUUCAGCUCUGUUAUAAUUUUACGGGACCACUGUUGUAUGUAUGGUCCAUUGUUGGUGGGCACCUAGUUAUGUGGUUUGCGACUAUAUUUAGUGGGCAUUUGUCCUGUGGGACUUUGCUAAAGCUGAGUGCCAGUUCUCUACGCCUGGCUCUGUGCCCAGCUGGCCCAGGGCAUGGCGAUGCCAGUUCUCUGUGCCUGACUUGGCCUGAAGCUGAGCUGCCCUUCUCUUGAAACAGUGUGUACUUCUGCCUCAUUAGCUGGAGGUCUGAAUAGAAGAAUUAAUAGGGAUGAAAGUACACUAGGUGAUAAUCAGGAACAUUGUUCCAUUGCCUGUGACAUGAGUCCACGUAGCCAUUGUGUACCUGUGUAAGUUAUUCCCCUGUCUGUUGUGCCUUUUGGCCUGUGGGUCAUGUACAUAGUUUUCAUGAUAUGCUUGUCUCUGUGAGUCUUCCAGGCAGUAAGAACUACAUGACCCACUUCUUGUAGACUCACUAUAGAUGCCUGCUUAACAAGAAAAAAGAAGUCAUCUUCCAUAAUACUGAUCUGUCUCUAAAUUGCGCUUUUGCAGAGUACGUUAGAACUGCCUGCUUAUGUGUUUGAUUUCUCAUCUUUUGUUUCUGAAGAACUCCACUCACCACCAAGCCUUUGAAGGGCUACAUCCUUCUUCUCUGGCGGGCUCCGGUCCGGACAGUGAUGCUUUGGUAGCAAGCUGCAAGCCUGCCUUUAGGCUCCCAGGAACCAGUGCUGAGAUCUCAGACCUCUGGCCCUUGGAACAGAUGUCCUGGCUGUGAUUUUUGUCUGUGUUCUGCGCUACUGCGGGCCUUGUCCUGCUCCCUGCAGGCUACCUGGCUAUGACCUGGGACUGGCUCUGUUGGUUCGGAACACUUGUUUCUCUCUUUACGUGUAAAUUAAGGAUUGUCUGUUCUCUGUCGCUUGGUUAUGUUUAGUUGUUAGUUCUGGUUGGUUUUGUCUUCUGUAUGGUGUUUAGAGACCAUGAGGAGAGAUUUCAGCCUGAGUGACUGCCAUGGUCCUGCAGGAACCCAGAAGUCUGCUUUCAUGUUUUUACAUCAAGACAAUACCUCUCACGAAUGCUUGAUGUAAAAUGAAGUAAGAUAGCACUUGCUGAAUCACCAUUAUAGUUUGUGACAAAUUGUUCUCAAAAAGGUACCAGCUGGAAGAUGAGUCUGCCCAUUUGGAUGAGAUGCCACUGAUGAUGUCUGAAGAAGGCUUUGAGAACGAUGAGAGUGAUUACCACACGCUGCCACAAGCUAGGGUGACGCAGAGAAGAAGCGGACUGGAGUGGUUUGUCUGCGGUGGGUGGAGACUGCUCUGUGCCAGUUGCUGUGAUUGGCUGAUAAAUAUUUGUCAAAGAAAGAAAGAACUGAAAGCUCGUACAGUGUGGCUUGGAUGUCCUGAAAAGUGUGAAGAAAAACAUCCCAAGAAUUCUAUAAAAAAUCAAAAAUACAAUGUGUUUACCUUUAUACCUGGGGUUUUAUACGAACAAUUCAAGUUUUUCUUGAAUCUCUAUUUUCUGGUAGUAUCCUGCUCACAGUUUGUACCAGCAUUGAAAAUAGGCUAUCUCUACACCUACUGGGCUCCUCUGGGAUUUGUCUUGGCUGUUAUCAUCAUUCGGGAAGCUGUUGAUGAAUUUCGGCGUUUUCAGCGAGACAAGGAAGUAAAUGCACAGCUGUAUAGCAAGCUCACAGUAAGAGGUCAAGUGCAAGUUAAGAGUUCAGACAUUCAAGUUGGAGACCUCAUCAUAGUGGAAAAGAAUCAAAGAAUUCCAUCAGACAUGGUGUUUCUUAGAACUUCAGAAAAAGCAGGUUCAUGUUUUAUUCGAACGGAUCAACUAGAUGGGGAAACCGACUGGAAGCUGAAGGUGGCUGUGAGCUGCACACAACGUCUGCCAGCUCUGGGGGACCUUUUUUCUAUCAAUGCUUAUGUUUAUGCUCAGAAGCCACAGCUGGAUAUUCAUAGCUUUGAAGGCACAUUUACCAGGGAAGACAGUGACCCGCCCAUCCAUGAAAGUCUCAGCAUAGAAAAUACCUUGUGGGCAAGCACUGUUGUUGCAUCAGGUACUGUAAUAGGUGUUGUCAUUUAUACUGGAAAAGAGACUCGAAGUGUUAUGAACACAUCCAAUCCAAAAAAUAAGGUUGGUCUGUUGGACCUUGAACUCAAUCAGCUGACGAAGGCGCUAUUUUUGGCUUUAGUUGCUCUCUCAGUUGUCAUGGUAACCUUACAAGGAUUUGUGGGCCCAUGGUAUCGCAAUCUUUUCCGGUUCCUUCUUCUCUUUUCCUACAUCAUUCCCAUAAGUUUGCGUGUGAACUUGGACAUGGGCAAAGCAGCAUAUGGAUGGAUGAUUAUGAAAGAUGAGAAUAUUCCUGGCACAGUUGUCCGGACCAGCACCAUACCAGAGGAACUGGGGCGCCUGGUGUAUUUACUGACAGACAAAACAGGGACCCUCACCCGGAAUGAGAUGGUAUUCAAGCGGCUCCAUCUGGGCACCGUGUCCUAUGGGACUGACACGAUGGAUGAGAUCCAAAGCCACGUUGCGAGUUCUUACUCUCAGAUGCAUUCUCAAGCUGCUGGAAACAAUGCCAGUUCACCUCCACCAAGAAAAGGCCCAUCUUCAGCCCCCAAAGUCAGGAAGAGCGUCAGCAGUCGAAUCCACGAGGCUGUGAAGGCCAUUGCGCUGUGUCACAACGUGACUCCCGUGUACGAGUCCUGGGCUGGUGUCACCGGGGAGACUGAGGUUGCCGAGGCCGACCGGGACUUCAGCGACGAGAACCGCACCUACCAGGCCUCCAGCCCCGAUGAGGUCGCCCUGGUGCAGUGGACGGAGAGCGUGGGCCUCACCCUGGUCAGCAGGGACCUCGCCUCCAUGCAGCUGAAGACCCCCGGCGGCCAGAUCCUCACCUUCCGCAUCCUGCAGAUGUUCCCAUUUACCUCCGAGAGCAAGCGCAUGGGGGUCAUCGUCAGGGAUGAGUCCACGGCAGAAAUCACGUUCUACAUGAAAGGCGCAGAUGUUGCCAUGUCCUCCAUCGUCCAGUAUAAUGAUUGGCUGGAAGAGGAGUGCGGGAACAUGGCUCGGGAAGGGCUGCGGACACUCGUGGUCGCCAAGAGGUCGCUGACGGAGGAGCAGUACCAGGACUUCGAGAGCCGAUACAGCCAGGCCAAGCUGAGCCUGCACGACAGGACCCUCAAGGUGGCCGCGGUGGUCGAGAGCCUGGAGCGGGAGAUGGAGCUGCUGUGCCUCACGGGGGUGGAGGACCAGCUGCAGGCGGACGUGCGGCCCACACUGGAGAUGCUGCGGAAUGCGGGGAUCAAGAUAUGGAUGCUCACGGGCGACAAGCUUGAGACGGCUACUUGCAUCGCCAAGAGCUCGCAUUUGGUGUCCAGAGCACAAGAUGUUCACAUUUUCAAACAAGUCUCCAGUCGAGGAGAGGCCCACCUGGAGCUGAACGCUCUGAGGAGGAGGCAGGACUGUGCGCUGGUCAUCUCCGGGGACUCUCUGGAGGUGUGCCUGAAGUACUACGAGCACGAGUUCGUGGAGCUGGCCUGCCAGUGCCCGGCCGUGGUAUGCUGCCGCUGCUCGCCCACCCAGAAGGCGCGCAUCGUGACGCUGCUGCAGCAGCACACAGGGAGGCGCACCUGCGCCAUCGGUGACGGGGGAAACGACGUGAGCAUGAUCCAGGCGGCAGACUGCGGGAUCGGGAUCGAAGGAAAGGAGGGGAAGCAGGCCUCGCUGGCAGCCGACUUCUCCAUCACGCAGUUCAGGCACGUCGGCCGGCUGCUCGUGGUGCAUGGGCGCAACAGCUACAAGCGGUCGGCGGCGCUCGGCCAGCUGGUCAUGCACCGGGGCCUGGUCAUCUCCACCAUGCAGGCUGUGUUCUCCUCCGUCUUCUACUUCGCCUCGGUGCCUCUGUACCAGGGAUUCCUCAUGGUGGGGUACGCAACGGUGUACACCAUGUUCCCCGUGUUCUCCCUGGUGCUGGAUCAAGAUGUGAAGCCGGAGAUGGCCCUGCUGUACCCGGAGCUGUACAAAGACCUCACCAAGGGAAGAUCCUUGUCCUUCAAGACCUUCCUCGUCUGGGUGUUAAUCAGUGUUUACCAAGGCGGCAUCCUCAUGUACGGGGCGCUGCUGCUGUUCGAGUCCGAGUUCGUGCACGUGGUGGCCAUCUCCUUCACCGCGCUCAUCCUCACCGAGCUGCUCAUGGUGGCGCUCACGGUCCGCACGUGGCACUGGCUGAUGGUCGUGGCUGAGUUCCUCAGUCUGGGCUGCUAUGUGGCCUCGCUCCUUUUCCUGAAUGAAUAUUUUGAUGUUGCCUUUAUCACCACCGUGGCCUUCCUGUGGAAAGUGUCGGCCAUCACCGUGGUCAGCUGCCUCCCGCUCUACGUCCUCAAGUACCUGAGGCGCAAGCUGUCGCCGCCCAGCUACUGCAAGCUGGCCUCCUGACCUGGCCUCCUGAC